AUAAAAGGACUAAUAUGCCUAAAGACAUUUAAUAACAAAAAUGGCCGCUUCUAUAUAUGCAACCCCACCGCCUGAUUUAAGUAGCGAGGAUACAGCUUUAUCAGAUGUAUCCAAUACUUCAUCAACAACAAAUGCAAAUGCAACAACAGCAGCAGCAGCAACAUUAAAACAAUUAACAAACAACAACAACAACAACACUAACAACAAUACAUGUGAGGAAACUACAACAGCGAUAACAUCAACAACAUCAUCAACACUAUCCACAAGCAACAAUAACAACAAUAAACAAAAACGCACAAUAUCGGAUGUUCUUAAAGACAACACCAACAACAGCAGCAGCACAAGCAGUAGUAGUGGUAGUAGCAGCAGCAGUAAACCCUCGAUUAAUCUUUCCAACACAACACAAUGCUCUUCCAAAUUGCCCACAAUGGGAAGCUCUACAAAUGCCAUUAUCGCACAUGAUAAUGGAGACGAUGAUAAUGAGACAGCCAAUACAAUG